CGUCUGCGCCGAUGGCUUGGACACUGUUCCUUCACAACUCGGGCUCAAGUCACAUGCUGCACCUUUGAGAAAUGACACACGGACACCCUCUUACCCCCUCCAUCCUGCUGGGCUAAAGCUCAGCUCUAACCUUUCCAUCCAGUGAUGAGGUCCGCCCAGCACGGAGCUCAAAGAUACCAUUGUCCUGCUGGUCUUUAUAAAGGAAGCUGCCUGGAUUCUCCCAGGACGGAGCUGAGAACAACCGCAGCACUUCCUCCAAGAUGCUGCCGAUCCUGCUCUCAGUGGCCUUGCUGGCCCUGAGCUCAGCUCGGAGCCCGUUUUUUGAUUUAGAGGAUGCAAACUCAAACUCCGCUGAGAAGUUUCUGAGACCACCUCCUGGAGGCGGACCACCCAGGCCCCCUCCUCCUGAGGAAAGCCAAGGUGAGGGACAUCAGAAGAGACCACGACCACCUGGUGACGGACCGGAGCAGGGACCAGCCCCACCUGGUGCCAGACCCCCGCCCGGACCGCCCCCACCCGGACCGCCGCCACCCGGACCCGCCCCACCUGGUGCCAGACCCCCGCCCGGACCGCCCCCACCCGGACCACCGCCACCCGGACCAGCCCCACCUGGUGCCAGACCACCGCCCGGACCGCCCCCACCCGGACCACCCCCACCGGGACCAGCCCCACCUGGUGCCAGACCCCCGCCCGGACCACCGCCACCCAAACCACCUCCACCCGGUGCCGGACACCCUCCCAGACCACCCCCACCUGCUAACGAAUCCCAGCCGGGACCCAGACCUCCGCCGGGACCACCAUCACCACCCAAACCACCCCCACCCGCUGGCCCACCCCCACCACCACCACCCCCACCCGGACCACCGCCUCCUGGACCAGCCCCACCUGGUGCCAGACCCCCGCCCGGACCGCCCCCACCCGGACCGCCGCCACCCGGACCAGCCCCACCUGGUGCCAGACCACCGCCCGGACCGCCCCCACCCGGACCACCCCCACCGGGACCAGCCCCACCUGGUGCCAGACCCCCGCCCGGACCACCGCCACCCAAACCACCUCCACCCGGACCAGCCCCAUCCGGUGACAAACCCCCACCACCACCACCCCCACCCGGACCACCGCCUCCUGGACCAGCCCCACCUGGUGCCAGACCCCCGCCCGGACCCCCACCCGGACCGCCGCCACCCGGACCAGCCCCACCUGGUGCCAGACCACCGCCCGGACCGCCCCCACCCGGACCACCCCACCGGACCAGCCCCACCUGGUGCCAGACCCCGCCCGGACCACCGCCACCGCUGGCGGAACCCCCACCACCACCACCCCCACCCGGACCACCGCCUCCUGGACCAGCCCCACCUGGCGCCAGACCCCCGCCCGGACCGCCCCCACCCGGACCGCCGCCACCCGGACCAGCCCCACCUGGCGCCAGACCCCCGCCCGGUCCGCCCCCACCCGGACCGCCGCCACCCGGACCAGCCCCACCUGGCGCCAGACCCCCGCCGGGACCUCCACCACCAGGACCACCGCCACCCGGACCAGCCCCACCUGGUGCCAGACCCCCGCCACCACCACCCCCACCCGCUGAGGAACCCCAGCAGGGACCAGCCCCAUCCGGUGACAAACCAAAGAAGAAACCACCACCCGCUGGCCCACCCCCGCCACCACCACCCCCACCCGGACCACCGCCACCCGGACCAGCCCCACCUGGUGCCAGACCCCCGCCGGGACCUCCACCACCAGGACCACCGCCACCCGGACCAGCCCCACCUGGCGCCACCCCGCCCGGACCGCCCCCACCCGGACCACCGCCACCUGGACCAGCCCCACCUGGUGCCAGACCACCGCCCGGACCGCCCCCACCCGGACCACCGCCACCUGGACCAGCCCCACCUGGUGCCAGACCCCCGCCCGGACCGCCCCCACCCGGACCGCCGCCACCCGGACCUGCCCCACCUGGUGCCAGACCCCCAACGGGACCUCCACCACCAGGACCACCGCCACCCGGACCAGCCCCACCUGGUGCCAGACCCCCGCCUGGACCGCCCCCGCCCGGACCGCCGCCACCCGGACCCGCCCCACCUGGUGCCAGACCCCCGCCUGGACCGCCCCCACCCGGACCACCGCCACCCGGACCCGCCCCACCUGGUGCCAGACCCCCACCCCGGCCGGGACCUCCACCACCCGGACCACCGCCACCCGGACCCGCCCCACCUGGUGCCAGACCCCCGCCCGGACCGCCCCCACCCGGACCGCCGCCACCUGGACCAGCCCCACCUGGUGCCAGACCUCCGCCCGGACCUCCCCCACCACCCCCAGGUCCCAGCCCACCAAGACCUCCACCAGGCCCGCCACCCCAGUGA